AUGUCCACGCAACGAAAGAACUUCCAUGUCGCCGUCGUCGGCGGUGGCAUUGCCGGCCUAACCCUCGCCAUCGCCCUGUACCACCGUAAUAUCUCAGUCACCAUCUACGAGCAGGCCGAAGCCUUCGGUGAAGUCGGCGCGGGCGUCUCAUUCGGCCCAAAUGCCGUUGAGGCAAUGAAAGUUUGCCAUUCGGGUAUCUACGAAGCAUUCGAAAAGGUCUGCACGCAGAAUCUGUGGCCUUCGAAACAAAAAGUGUGGUUCGAUUAUCUAGACGGAUACAACAAGGGCACCUCGACAACAGCGAAAAACGCCAGCCGCCAGGAUAUUGCAUUCACUAUCUCCAACAGCCUAGGCCAAACUGGUGUUCACCGUGCUCACUUCCUUGACGAAUUAAUUAAACUUAUCCCCGGUGACAUCGCGCGAUUUCACAAACGACUCGAAAGCAUUGUGGAGCGGGAGACUGAUGGGAAACUCCUUUUGAAGUUUGCUGAUGGAACGCAAGAUGAAGCUGAUCUGGUUAUUGGUUGUGACGGUAUCAAGUCGCAGGUGCGACAGGUAAUUGUGGGAGAAGAACACCCCUCCGCUAAGCCGUCGUAUACCCACAAAUACGCGUAUCGCGGGCUGGUCCCGAUGGAAAAAGCGAUCGAGGCGGUUGGAGAAGAAUUAGCUUCCAAUUCGUGUAUGCAUAUGGGCCCCGGUGGUCAUAUGUUGACCUUCCCUGUAAACCAAGGGAAAACCCUCAACAUUGUUGCGUUCCAUACGUCUCCGGAUGAAUGGGCCGAUUACCCCAGAUUAACGCGACAAGGUACACGAGACGAGGCGCUCCGUGACUUUGCCGGAUAUGGGCCGAACGUUAUUAACCUGCUGAAGUUGACAGACGCAGAGCUCAGCGUGUGGGCCAUCUUUGAUCUUGGAGAAAAUCCAGUUCCUACGUUUUACAAAGGCCGAGUCGCGAUAUCCGGCGAUGCUGCACACGCUACAUCACCCCACCACGGUGCCGGAGCAGGCUUCUGCAUCGAAGACACUGCCGUUCUUGCUACGUUGCUAGCGGAUGAGCGGGUUCAAACGCACAAGGAUCUAGAAGUUGUUCUUGCUGCGUAUGAUAUUAGCCGACGGGAACGGUCCCAAUGGCUUGUUCAGAGCAGCAGGUUUAUCGGAGAUAGCUACGAGUGGCGAGCCGACGGUGUGGGAUGUGAUUUUAAGAAGAUCGAGGACGCGAUCAAUUACCGGAAUGGUGUUAUUGCCAACGUGGACAUUCCCCAGAUGUGUGCAGAUGCCACUAAGUGUUUAGAGAAGAGGCUGUCUAGCGUGACCAAGGCGUCGAUAUAGAGCUUGGAAUCAUUUCUGCUAAUCCUGCAUUUUCGGUGUCUUGUUAGAGCGACUGUUUGGUAUUGUACGUAUCAUUCCGUAUAUAGCUUUCCUUGUGUCGUAAGAUAUCCUAUGAUAUAUAUAUAUAUACAGCCAUGGCUAGAUAGUUUCAAGAGAAAUUUGCAAGCGCAAAUGACGUCAAGGUUUUAAGUAUAAUCAAGAUCUCCGGAUUUAGCAUAAUUAGUUCUUUCAGAUAUUGGCUGGUAGUGAUUGCUUCGGGCUUAGAAAUCCCUUUGACGUUUAUACAAAACAAAAUUCAUCAUGAACUCCAUUGUAGAAAAGUCAGAGU